AUGACCGGACUGUACGAGUUAUGGUAUGAUGUCGUUAAACAAGGUCAAUACGUGCACGUCAUCGAGCAAAUGCACAUUCAAUAUGGCCCAAUCGUCCGAAUCAACCCAAACGAAUUAUCUGUUCGCGACGCUCAAUUUUUUGACAAGCUUCACUCAGACAGCACCAAAAAACGCACCCACAUCCCAUCUCUAUUCUCUCGAAUCUUGGGCCUGAGUGGGUCGAUGGUCUUUGCUCCUUCGCAUGAAAUACAUAGGGGCCGCAGGAAAGCCGUGGAGCCAUUCUUCUCCCGACACAACAUCGAGCGUAUUGAGCCGAUGAUUGUCGAACAGGCACUACUGCUCGAUAAACGUUUGAACGAGAUGAAGAUCUCCAAGAGAGUUGUUCGUUUGGAGCAUGCAUUCUUCGCAUUUGCAUCAGAUGUGGUAGGGAGGGUGUGCUGUGAAAUACCUAGCAAUUUCCUGCAAGAUAAAGAUUUCUUUCCACAGUGGUACAGUCUCUUUGAGAGAGGAGCAAGACAGAUCCUUCCUGCCAUGCAUCUGCCACUCAUUUCGGUCAUCCUGAAGCUAAUUCCGCAAACUGUCGCCCUGAAAUUGUAUCCUCUCGGUGCCACUUUCACCAUGUACAUGACAGCAGUAACGAGCCAUAUCAUCCACGCUAAGAACCAAGAUCUAUCAGCCGCAAGCGUGCUUGCGAACCCGAGAAGCUCGAUAUUUCGAUACAUUGUCUGCGAGAAGACACUACCAAAAGCAGAACAGAGUGUGGAUCGUCUCAGCCACGAAGCAGCAACAUUGCUGGGUGCUGGAGCACUUACGCUUGCUCGAUCGCUUUCCAUGACGUUUUACCACAUCCUAGCAAAUCCUACGAUUCGGGAGAAGCUUGCAGCAGAAUUGGCGCAACCAUUGGCAGAUAUUCAUGCACAUAUGCCACGACGGUCUGAGUUGGAGAGACUGCCGUAUUUGCGCGCGUGUGUUCGAGAAGGACUCAGACUGUCAUAUCUACAACUGCAAGCUGUCCCUCACUGUUCGCCAGAUGUUGAGUUUCAAUACCAUCAGUACACUAUACCAAAAGCUACACCAAUCCGCAUGAGCAUCUAUUUCAUGCAUACCGACCUCGAGAUAUUUCCCGCGCCAUUCGAGUUCCUUCCAGAAAGGUGGCUCGGUAAAUACAACCCACAGAUGGACCGGCAGUUCGUCCCUUUUUCAAAGGGCUCUCGCAAUUGUGUGGGCUUCAAUCUAGCAUGGGCAGAGCUGUACAUUCUGACAGCACUGUUGUUUCGCCCCGAGGCGCCGACAAUGCAGCUCUUCAAUACCGAUGCGAGCGACAUUCGAGUCAGAGACCACUGUUUCAUUCCGCUGCCCAAGUCAGACAGUCGAGGUGUUCGAGUCACGAUUGAAUGA